AUGGAUCCAGCAACAAUUAUCGGCACCACAUCAGCUAUUCUCAGUUUCAUUCAAUUUGCAGGGAAGAUUAUCGAGACCGGGGUGGAACUACACUUCAAGAAGGCCAACGCCACUGAGUUCAACAAGACCUUGGAAGAAUCGGUGAAGGAGUUCGAAAAGAGGGUCGCUGACGGCAUCUACCAUAUUUCUGGAAAGCCAGGAAGUGGUAAGAGCACUAUGAUGAAGUUCAUUGACGGCAGCACCGAUGUCCAUAAAAGGCUGAAUCAGUGGGCGCAUCUUGACAACAAACCUCUUCUCAAAGCGAGCUUUUACGCAUGGAAACCUGCUUCUGAUGCUUUUGAAUGGAAGCCAGAGGACCAUUUAUGUAUAGAGCUGCUCAUACGGUCACUGCUACACCAACUGCUGACAAGUGCACGAAAAUACAUCCAGACCGUCUUCCCCCAGCACUGGAAUCCAGAAACGUUCACCGUGUUCAACACCAAGACACAGACAGAAGAUUCGAAACUCAGACUCAGUUUCUCUGAACUCCAGACUGCACUACUGGAGCUGCUUCAGAAGCACCUCACCCAGUCCUACCGAAUCUUCUUCCUCAUUGACGUCAUGGAUGAAUUUGGACAUCCACACGCGCAUGAACAGCUUGCGAUGACCGUUCAAAGCUGGUGCCAAUGCAGCCCCCAAAACAUCAAGAUCUGCGUGUCAAGCAGGGAGGACAAUCCGUUUCUCAACACGUUCCCCGUUCAACAACGUCUGCAGCUGCAUCUUCAUACGACUCGUGACAUUAAGAAAUUGGUGAAGACAAGGCUAAAGAGCAAUCCCCAUUUCCAAUCAAUCAGCUUCAAGAAACAGCACCGCAAGGAGCUAGUCCGAGCAAUGGUGGACAAUGCCCAAGGCGUAUUCGUCUGGGUGGUCGUCACCAUGAAUGAGCUUCUGCUUCUCUUGGCCGACCGUCAAGACUUCGCGACUCUGAAGGAGGUGGUUGAUACAUUCCGCGCCGAAGAAUUGGACGACUUUUUCAAGCAGAUAUUCAAUCGCAUCCCGCGAAGAUACCACCAGGAAGCAAGAGCUGUCUUCUCGGUGGUGGGCACAGUAUCGGCGUGUGAUGAUGUAAAAGACUAUUUCUGUUUACAGCACUACGCUGCGAUAUCGAAGUGCCUUACUCCCUCGGCACCUUUGUCCCAGCCAAACUCAUCUCUGUAG